AUGCAUGCCCAGCACGUUUUCUGUUUAAUUCCCUUACGGAGUUCAAGCAGUUCAGGUAACAUUCCAUCAUGGCUCCAUGGUACAAUGGUCCGUAAUGGGCCGGGAAUGUUUAAAAUUGGUGAUACAGAGUAUAAACACUGGUUUGAUGGCAUGGCGUAUAUUCAAAGAUAUCACUUUGAAGAUGGAAAGAUGUAUUAUUCAGCCCGAUAUCUCGAAAGUGAGGACUACAAAAGAAAUAUGAAAGCAAAUAGAAUAAUCUGUUCUUCAUUUGGUACAGUGGAAUUCCCAGAUCCUUGUAAAACACUGUUUCAGAGGCUCUUCUCAUACUUCAUACCAGAAAAACGUUGUAUUGAUAACACUAGUGUGGCUUUUAUCACUGCAGGUGAUGGCAUAUAUGCCUUGACAGAGUCUCCAAAGCUUGUCCGAAUCGAUAUCGAUUCACUUGACUGUCUUGAUGAGGUUUGUUUCUUCGAAAAAGUAAUGUAUGGCACACCUUUCCGCUCGAUUCUUCGAAUCGAUCCACGUAGACAGCUGUCCGAUUUAAAGAACAUAAAAGCGCGCGGUCGCAAUGCGGUCACUACUUCACUCAGCGCAGCUGCCAUGUCUCGAUUAACAUCAUAUUCGUAA